GAAAGUGUUGGCACAAGAAGACGUUCGCAAAACUAGAAAUAUUCCAAAAAGGCUAAGACCUCUCCAUCUCGCUCCAGAAAAACAAGCUCGGGACAGAGGUCAUAAUCAAAUUAACUGGUUUUAAGAAGCUGCAUCGGACAUCAACCAACAUCUAAAAACGAGGAAUUGAUUAUUUGUAUUGCGUGAAGUAGGAAAAUCUAUACGCUUCCCUUAGUCCUUUACAGUUGGACUAAAGCCCUGGGGACCGCGUAUUUUUGGUGUGUGGUUGUCGGUGCUGGUGUCGGAGUGUCUUGGAGACAGGUCAUAACGUGGAAGCUGGAAAGCGUGGAAUGAGCUGGAUACAGCGGCUGGAACAAGACUGUGUUCCCAUGGAAAGGCUGGAUCAGCACCACUAGGCUACAUAGUGUCAUUAUCAACAGAGCCGCUUGCAGUUUUGAGCUUCUGAGCUUGGAUGCACAAAUAGUGUACGGAAAAUUGAAUAGGAAUCCCAUGAUUGGAAUAGCCGAGGCUAAACGUAGUGUGUGCAGUGGAGUGUGACCGUAUGUUAAUGCCGGCUGUGUAGUGUUGGGAGUAGGAGACUAGCAUUAUAUAUCUAUAUGGGAAGUAAUUCUAAAUCGGGGAAGAGUCUGUUUAAAGAUCAAAGCUACACGUAGGGGCUGUCCAACAUUUAGGUGCAUGCUUUAUUUUGGAAGUAUUACAGAUGUACAUUAGAGGCUAGUGUUUAGCAAACCUUUGACGCCUGGUUUUUAUAUUGGGUUUUUCUCACUGUGUGUGAAUAUUAUUGACAUUUUUAAAAGCUCUUUAUACAUAUCUCAAUCGCUGUGCGUGGAUUAUGCAAAUAUAGAUACAGCGUUGUGAGGAAACGUGUGUAAUAGGGAAACUACAAUAUGGAAAGUCCGUGGGUCGAAUCUCAAAGGGCGGAGGCCGAGAAUGGGGAAUUACUGUCCGUCAAUGAAUCUGAGGAGGAGUUGGACAAGGAAGGCACUGUGGUGGUGAAGGAUGUUUAUGCAGUCCAAACUUUACUGGUCUCCAAGGAGAAAGAGACCCGGAACGACAAAUGCAGCGACCGCCUGUUGCACUGUUUGUCGCAGGUUCCUUGCGCCAGUCUCAUCGCAUGGAUCAUCCUCCUCAUGGGACUGGGAGGUCUCACAGGGAGCCUCCUGAUUGGUGUACAGAAAACACGUGACCUGUUCGAAUCCGAUCAAUGGUUCUGGUUUAUUGAGUACACACUGACCGGGGUCGUAGUCGGCAUGUUCCUGAUCGGCACGGCCCUUCUGUGUGUGGGCCAUAUUUCUACCGACCCCACCAGUCGACACCUGUUCCAUACAACCAAGAGAAACACGUGCGGCCAGGGACUCAACAUGUUUCUUUUGGUGAUAAGUUACAUCCUUGGCUUCGCUUGGACUGUGGUCACUUCCAUAUUGGCCAUCCCUCUAUUUCUCCUCUUAGUCCUCAUUCUCAUCAAGAACAAGGUCACCUGUAUCGAUCUCAUCAACUACGGCUUGAGUGAAAUGAAGCUCUGUGGCGAGGAUCUGGAUGAUUUCGCAAGAAAAGGGCAGGACUUGAUGAUCAGCUAUAUAGUGGCCUACAUCUCCUCUGUUCUCAUAGUCAUCAGCUUGAUUCAUUUCAUGAUCGUCAUCAGCGCAAACAUCUCCCAUAUGAAAGAUCAUCGCCUGGCGACACUGAACGCGUAUUCCGAGACUACAGAAGAAGUUCGUAACUCUAAGCACUCCAUCGUAGAUACCACUAUGUGAGUUACGUGACCACGUGACAUGAGGACGAGGCAGCACCAUGCAAGAGCAUGCGUCACGUGAUUGAAGAUGUACAGGCUGUUGCCAGCUGACACAGAAGUGGGUUAGGAUGAGUGUGUGACAGACCAGCUAGAUACAUUCUGUACACCAUUGUUGUCAUCACACUCUCUAGAAUAUGUUUUAGGGGGAAUAUACUAAAACAAGUGCGGUGCUGUGUGAAUGAUACAAAAUAAUAACCAAUAGCCUAAAUGCGAAAAAAAUGUUCUUCAUUUUGAUUAUAAAGACAAUACCGCCAUGGUAUCACGUGAAUUCAUCAUACAAUGUACAGUGUAUGUUGUGUUAUACAAAAUGUCAUCCUCCAUUUUUGAGUGUUACACUACCAGAAAAACUAGUAUUAUACCAUAUAACGUACUAGACAAUUAACGUAUACGAAAUACUGUAUCAUACUGUACAUUGGACUUGUGUUAUAUAGGACAUUGUACUGGUAUCGUAUUAGACAUCCCAUCAGUAUCAUACUAGACAUUGUGCUAGUAAUGUAUUAGGCAUUGUACUAGUAUCAUAUUUUCACAAAUAUUAUGUUUCUGGUAUAUUAAGUGCUAGUAUCGUUUUAGAGACUGUACUAGUAUACUAUUAGACAAGAUAUUCUCAAACGCACCCUUUUAUAACAACGGAAUAUGCCUACCAUCUGUGAAGCGAUAUAAUGUAACUACAAUAUGUAACCGGAAGUGAGAUUGCUUCGACCGGAAGUGAGUGUGCCUCGGCUGACCUACAGCGUGUGCGUCUUUAAUUGUCGUAUAAUUGUACAAUGUUCUAUCUGCUUUGUGUUCUUGACAAUGAUGUGUACAGCUGCGCCAUGUAAGGCUGUCUGUAUCGUUUAGCCGUUCAACUUUAUUCAAUUUGUGACAAGAAAGUCGCUAAAUGUGAAGUCUUGUGAUCGUCACGGUGGUCGUCACGGUGGUCGUCACGAUGAUCGUGUGAUUUUGACAGAAGUAAGGGUCUAGCGAGGUAAAUGUGAUCUUAGCCGGAGAAAAUAAUGAUCUUGACAGAGGUAAGGGUCUAGAGAGGUAAAUGUGAUCUUAGCCGGAGAAAAUAAUGAUCUUGACAGAGGUAAGGGUCUAGAGAGGUAAAUGUGAUCUUAGCCGGAGAAAAUAAUGAUCUUGACAGAGGUAAGGGUCUAGGGAGGUAAAUGUGAUCUUAGCCGGAAAAAAUAAUGAUCUUGACAGAGGUAAGGGUCUAGAGAGGUAAAUGUGAUCUUAGCCGGAGAAAAUAAUGAUCUUGACAGAGGUAAGGGUCUAGAGAGGUAAAUGUGAUCUUAGCCGGAGAAAAUAAUGAUCUUGACUGAGAUAAGGGUCUAGAGAGGUAAAUGUGAUCUUAGCCAGGGAGAAUAUAGAUCUUGACUGAGAUAAGGGCCUAGAAAGGUGCAUAUGUUUGUCGGGGAGAAUAAUGAUCUUUGCAGAGGUGAAUGUGAUCAUUGCUAGGGAGAAUAGUGAUAUUGAAGAGGUUGGACGGUUUCGAUAGAGAAUGGCUGUACAUGACACGCGCUGCUAUACUUCCAUGUGGUGACGUCAGGGCCCGUGGGUUGUGUUGUGGCAUACGUUAGCAAGUUAAUUUUGCAUUGCUUAAUGUGAGUAUCCAGGUGUUGGUGGUUACAGACAGUGAUGUUGUGUAGUCCCUUAUGGGAUUUUGUCUAUAAUACUCAAUCUAAAGCGCUAAACGGUGUACCACUCUGCGUGUAGUGAAACAUUAUAUAACGUUUGGUGGGUAUUGUUUUUAUAAACAUGUAUUCUAUUACUGAUGAAUUGUUCUUUUAAAGCAUAUAUGUUAGAUAUUACAAUAUCAUAGAUGUUUUAAAUAAAUGUAAGGGCGAUUUUUUAAGUUAUGAAAGUGUAUAUAAAAAUCGCCUCUAUGUAUUCCCGUAUUCUAGAUUAUUUUCCAUCUAACAGUAUUUUGCUUUGAGCCCCGAUAUAAUUUCCACUGAAGAGUAAGGUCCACUUGUACAACAUUAAAGUAAAGCACUCUGAUAAGUUCAACACAACCUCGAAGUCACCGUUUUGAAUUUGGAUAUGAAAUUUUCCGAGGUAUUAUUAAAAAAGAUAAAGUUACUGAUAAUUAUUACAGUAUGAGCAAUUAGGUUCAAGAUUCGUCUCAACAGUUCUACGCUUUUUCACGUACGUAAUGAAUGUCGCGUUCGCUAGCUAUAACAAGGAUUGCGUACAAGGGCUUUGAGAAUUUUCAUUUUUAAAUGAUUUUCUGAUUUCUAGAGGGUAGUCACAUUGAUUGUGCCUUAUGAAAAUAUUUGUAGUACGAUAUAAAAUUUGAAACUUAAUCACUCUUGAUUAUCUCCCCUUAUAGUCGGGUUAUCUCCCUUGGGUUGUUCAUGGUUCGGUACCGUAACUAGGGGGAGUAAGAACACAGUCGUUUAAAGCAGCACCUAGACCAGGAGAAGCCAACCGGUCGAUAAUGUUGUGAUGGGUAGUAUGGAAAGGUAUGUGUGAACAUGGCGGGGAGUUCUACCUAUACCACGCUUAAUUCAGUAAACGUCUGUACACAAUGUACAUAGUUACACAGAUCAUUUUUGGGUUUCGUUUGCAAGAUUUGAUAAAUAUAUAAAGCAUACGAAUGUUUUGAAAAUAUUCUUAAUGCACUCUUGAAAUAUAUUUUUAUCAAAAAUCUCAGGUAGCUGUUGAGUAAUUCACUACAGAUCGCCUAAUUUUGUACCUUUGUCUUCUUUGUUAAUGAUUUAUAACGUGGACAGUAAUGAAGUGUUUUGGUUAUCAACAGUUCCAUUCGAGUGCUAAGAUGUCAUCCCAUACCAAUCACGCGUAUUAAUUAGCUCUGUCAGUAUUUCUAAGGAAGACAUAUUUUAAUUGGAUGUUUUUUAUUAAUCAGAAUUGUUUGUGUUGUUGCCGUUCUAAUGACAAAUGUCACAAUUACCUAAGUACGGUGGCUAAUUACCGAAGUACGAUGGCUAAUUACCUAAGUACGGUUGUUAAUUACCUAAGUACGGUGGCUGUACUUAUUGUUUUCUGGUCAUUUUCAUACUUUCAUACUUUUGACAUUAAUCAGACCAUACCAUUAAAGAAUCAUUAAUUAAUGUAAUUUUCUAUACAACCUAGUUGUAAUAACGUUUCAUCAAGUUAUUUCCAUGUACGCCUACUGCAUGCCAUGAUCUUAACGGUGACUAUAUUACACAUAUAUCUCUACAUUAUUGGGCUAUCAUAAAGGGAGAUAAUUGCAAAGUCUCUUAAAUGACAUGACAACAUUCAUUUUUAUUUUGCAAAUGACGCCAUCUAUGACGUAAAUACUAUUUUUGAACAUAAUUAUGUGCAAUAUUUCCACGUCUGUUUUUGAAUAGUAGGACUAGCACCAGUAUAUUGUUGAGAUAUGUGUAAUAUAUAGUGCUACUUGUAUUCAGUCAGUUUUCAACAUAUGUCUCAUUGAAUCUGUACAGAUUUUGUUUUGCGCAAGCAUAUUGUUACAUUUGUUAAAGAGUCGAAUUGUGAAAUGUUCACAUUACAGAGAGAUCAGGCAACACAUUCAUAACUGUUUGUUGUUCUUUUGGAAAUAAAAUAUCUAUUACCAAUUAAUUCAGUACGACAAAAACAAUAUUUAUUAUCGAUUAAUUCAGAAUAACAAAUACAAUAUCUAUUACCAAUUAAUUAAGUACGACAAAUAAAAACAUAAUUUGUUUAUUUUGAUAACCAGUAUACCUGUUACGUGACACGUAAAAUCUUAUUUUUAGAUAUGUAAAUUAAAUCUAUUUAUCUGAACAUUGAAUAAGACGGCAUGUUAGAUGGUGAUAAUGUUAGAGAGGUGAUACUGUUAGACAGGUGAUACUGUUAGACAGGUGUUGUGGCUUGGUCUCUCUGUACGGUAUAUAAUCUGUGUAUUAGUGAUGCUUCCCUCGUCUACACUGCCAGUACGUUUAUCAUAAUAGUGUGUGCUUUCACCGAUCGUGUUAACAUGUUAUAAUAUAGGGAACACCAGUCUAGGGCUAACGUUAAUCUGGUAAAAUCUGAGGAUAAACCCAACAGUUUUGACCCAUGUCGGUUAUACAGUUUAGGAUCCAUUUCGUUAUCAAAUUGCUUAAUGAACUUCAAAAAAUGUGAUUAAUUGUAAUAGCCCCGGCGAUGAUAGUAUGGUUCAAUUCUUAUAGAAAUAAACAAAAAUUGAAGGGAGAUACAUUUACUCUGUAAUAAGUAUUGUCGUUUUGAGAACACAAGAAUGUAAGCAUGAAUGAUAGAAUUCUAUUAUUAUGCAUAUAGAUGUAUAUUGCAAUAAUAUAUUUAAUUGUGUAUAUCUGGAAGAAAUAUGAAAAUGAAAAUAUACACAUUAUCCACAAGACAAGAUUUGGAUAUAAGUCAUCUAUAUAUACUGUGGUGUUUCAGUGAUUCUUUAUAAACAUUAGUUGUGUAUUACAUGUACCGCCAGAUAUACGGUUUAUUUAGGCAGAACUACAUUGUAAAGUGUUUUGAUUUCCCUAUUCACAUUUUAUGAAAUUAUCCAAAUAUAUUCUAAAACAAAGUUGUCUCUAACAUCUAGUCUUGAUAAUUUAAUAUGUUCAUUAUUCAUAAUCUGGACAUUUUUCGCGUCGAAGUCAUUUCGACAAAUAAUGACAUUUUUAACUUCCAAUAAAUGGAAAAAAGAGCGGCCAUUUCGGGAUGGUAUUGUUAUCAAUGCCUUUUUUACCUGUAAGUAUAGUGUAUUAUUUGAUAGUACUAUUUUUCUAUCAGUAUUGCUGGCGUGAUACGUGUACCCUGUACCGCGCAGUGGCUCUCAGUGCUGCUGUCCUGUAGAUAGUAUUUAUUGUUAAUGUUCAGAAUAAUUCAGGAAAUCUACGCUCGGUCUCGUUGUAGAACAAUUCAAUUUUAAGAUUUUAAUAAAUUUUCUUAUGUAUAAACAA